CCCCCACCCCCCCCAAAAAAGCCCCGGGGCCGCCGGGGGGGGUCGGUUUGGGGGUGCAGGACUUACUUUCAAUGCACACUUAGUUUCAACUAGGGAAUCAACAGAAGCAAAAGCAAUUUUUCCCUUUUUGACACCCGCCUCCCCAUUGGCUCCCCCCGGGUCAGCUGACUUUGUCAUUUUGUCUGUCCUGGAGCAGAGCCUUCCCUAUAACAAUCUAGUUCAGACUACAAACUGGAGACAGAAAUAAAUAUUAAAGAAAUCACACAGCCAGGUAUAGAGGACGAUAUGAAUUCCUAUUUCACAAACCCAUCUUUAUCCUGCCAUCUAACCAGUGGCCAAGAGGUGCUUCCCAACGUAGCCCUCAAUUCAACUGCCUAUGACCCUGUCAGGCAUUUUUCUACUUAUGGAGCAGCCGUUGCUCAAAACCGGAUUUAUUCUUCUCCUUUUUAUUCACCGCAAGAUAAUGUUGUGUUUAGCUCCAGCCGAGGACCUUAUGACUAUGGAUCUAAUGCUUUUUACCAAGAAAAAGACAUGCUUUCUAGCUGCAGGCAAAAUUCUAUGGGACAUAAUACACAGACAUCAAUCGCACAGGAUUUUACCAGUGACCAAAACAGGAACACUUCGCAAGAACAAAAAACUAGCAUUCAAAUAUACCCAUGGAUGCAGCGUAUGAACUCCCACAGUGGUAAGUUUUACAAAACCGAUGGCAAACGGUCCCGGACCAGCUACACCCGCUACCAAACUCUGGAACUGGAGAAAGAAUUUCAUUUUAACAGAUACCUCACCCGGCGGAGGCGCAUUGAGAUCGCCAACAACCUGUGCUUGAACGAGAGACAGAUCAAAAUCUGGUUUCAGAACCGGAGGAUGAAGUGGAAGAAAGAUUCCAAGUUGAAAAGCAAAGAGGCUCUUUAGGGCUUUCGCAGGAGGUGGGGGUCCCGCUCUGCCCGCCGGUGUAAGCUGCCGUGGGGAAGCUCUGAUUUGGGGGUGGGAGGGAGGGGGAUGCUGCAUGGCCGCAGGUCCGUACCCUCUCCGACCCGUCAGACAAAGGAGAGCUCGGAUUAGCGAUGCAAAAAGAAACCCGCUCUUAGCUUCACGCAGAAAUGUAGUGUUUCGCUCUUUAGGUUGUUACUCAGUGUCCGAACCUGUGCGC